AUGUCACUUGCAAAACGUCAUAAAAGCGACAAUGGCACCCAUUCCAGCUUAAUUCAUUCAUCAAAAUUCACCACCGAACACGACAGCAACGAAUCUGGUCGAAUACUAUACUCCCCAGCCGUAGUCCUCGAGGGCCACACAGGUGGACCAGUUUUCUCGACUAAAUUCAGCCACGAUGGUACCAAAAUAGCCUCAUCGGGAAUGGACAAACUGAUCCUCCUAUGGAAUCUUCCGAGCUCGCAGCAUGAUGAACAACCCAACUAUGCAUGUUUAACAGGACACAAGGGUGCAGUGGUAUGUGCUAACUGGACACAUGAUAAUUCCAUUAUUGUGAGUGCCAGUGCGGAUUCGAGUGUUGGGUUCUGGGAUACGACUACUGGGAACAGAGUGCGAAAAUGUACCGGACACGAGGCAGGAAGUGUAGUGAACGAAGUGGAUACUUCUUGUGACGAUAUUGCAAUGUCUGUGGGAGAUGAUGGAAGUGUCGUAUUUUGGGAUCAACGACAACGUAAUCCUGUAGAUAAGAUAGAUACAGAAUUGCCUUUAUUGACAGGAAAGUUUAGUCAUCUGGGUACAAAUUUCUUUAUUUCAGGGAUUGAGUCCAAAAUUUUGGCAUAUGACGUACGAGUGUUGGAUAAAGUAUUAUGGUCAAGUGAAGGUGGCGGACUUGUACUGGGCAUAUCUUCAAUUGGCAUAAGUCCAGACGACACUAUGUUGGUUAGUCGAUCAUUGGACGGAACUGUCAAAACAUAUAAUGCAAAUCAAUUUGUUCCUGAAGGUGUUAAUAGAAUGAAUCCAUAUGUGUAUGAAGGAGCGCCUUCUGGCAAGGAGAAUUUGCUAAUUAGAACCUGUUUCUCAAAUGACAAUAUUAAGAUCGUUUCCGGGUCUGAAGAUGCUACAGUGACGAUAUGGGAUUUGGGCACGAGGCGAAUAGUUGGGAAAUAUGCUGGACAUCAAGGAACAGUGAUUGAUGUUGCGUAUCAUCCACUGGAGCCUAUUAUGGUGUCGUCUUCCACGGACGGUUCGAUUAUUGUAAGAGAAGUUUGA